AUGCAGAUACUCCCUGCGUUAACGGUGCGUGUUGUGGUACAAAUGGGCUUUGUGGUUAUUCGCCAACCGAGUGUGGAAGUGGCAAUUGUACACAGGAAGCUGACAAUACGUCCACAGUCUAAUUGCAACGCAAAAGCGGAAUGCGGACAAUACGGAGUUAUAGGGAAACAGACCUGUCCUUUGGGUGUCUGUUGUUCCAAAUUCGGCUUCUGCGGCUCUACCGAUGAAUUCUGCAGCACUGGCUGCCAAACAGGUUUCGGAGGCUGCGGUCCCGUAACACGUCCUUCUUGCAAAGGAGGCAACAGUGCUGCGAAGCGCUCAGUUGGCUACUACGAAAGUUGGUCGAAUACGCGCAAGUGCCAGAGCGUCGCGCCGGAAGACCUGAAUCUGAAUGGAUUUACACAUAUCAAUUUCGCGUUUGCGUUUUUUGAUCCGACCACGUUCGCUAUUGCGCCGAUGGACGGGAAGACGGGGUAUUUGUACUCGAGGUUUACGGCGCUGAAGUCACAGGGUGUGCAGACUUGGAUAUCAGUCGGAGGUUGGUCGUUCACAGACCCCGGGCCUACUCGCACAGCAUUCUCUACCAUGUCCAGCACCAGCGCAAACCGCAAAGCAUUCAUCAGCGGAUUGAUUGACUUUAUGGAUACAUACGGCUUCGACGGUGUGGAUAUCGAUUGGGAGUAUCCACAAGCAGACGACAGAGGAGGAGCAUCAGCUGAUACUGCUAAUUACGUCGCGCUCGUCAAGGAUAUGAGGACUGCGUUUGGUACUAAAUAUGGUAUCACGGUCACGUUACCCACGUCCUACUGGUAUCUGCAACAUUUUGACUUGGCGAAUAUGCAAGCUUCGGUUGAUUGGUUCAAUGUCAUGUCUUACGAUUUACAUGGAGUUUGGGAUGCUGAAUCAAAGAAUAUCGGACCAUACAUUGCACCACAUACCAACCUCACGGAAAUCGAUCUAGGACUCGAUUUGCUCUGGAGAGCAGGUAUCAAACCUGACAAGGUUGUAUUGGGUCAAGGUUGGUACGGUCGAAGCUUCACUCUGACAAAUCCAACUUGCAAGACUCCAAAUGGAAAAUGUCAGUUUAGCGGCGGCGCAGAUGCAGGAAAGUGUUCCAACGCUGCAGGAAUCUUGGAUUUACAAGAGAUCAAGGAUAUCAUCUCCGAUAAUAAUUUGACGCCCACUUGGGAUAAAACUGCGGGGGUUAAAUGGAUCAAUUGGGCAAGCGAUCAAUGGGUCAGCUACGACGACGAUGAUACAUUCAAGCAAAAGGCCGAUUUUGCCAAUUCUAGAUGUUUGGGAGGUCUGAUGGUAUGGGCCAUGGAUCAGGUCGACCAAACUGCUGGGAACCAAAACUCGGUCACGCUCGAUGUGACAGAGGAUCAACAGGCCGACGCGAAACAAAAAGCCGCCGAUCUUACUGCAGGUAUCUCAUGCUACACUACCGAUUGUGAUGCAAAGUGCAAGUCAGGCACAAACCAAGUCGAACAGAUGAAUGGACAACCGGGUUCGCUUUCAACAAACGAUCGCUGCAGCAAGGGGAAGUAUCGAAGUCUCUGCUGUGAUGACGGGACUACGAUGGGUACUUGUCAGUGGAGAGGAUACCGAGGUGUAGGCUUAUCGUGUAUUUCUGGCUGCGAUGAUGGAGAGACAGAGGUGGUUCAGGAUACUAACCACAAGGAGAAGAAGAAAGACCAGACAUGCUCUGGUGGGCUACAGAGCUACUGCUGUAAGGGUUUCCAGCCUGCUCCAAAUGGUCCAGAUCUGGCCAAAGACGCCAAAGAGUUAGCAAGCAAUGCUGCUGAAGCUAUUGCUGCUGAAGUUGCUUUGGAUAUUGCAGCAAAGGCAUUUUGUCGUAUUGCAGUGCCGGCUUUGCUGCUCCCACUUGAGCUUAUCGAGGACGCGAUACCUAUCGUUGGCGAGAUUCUGGACCUCAUAGAGAUUGCAGCUACACCUGCCAUCAUCCAAGCAUGUGUCAAGGGAAUCGAAAAGGAAGGCAAGGCAGAGUUCAAAGUGUUCGGCAAAAAGCAUACUCUCUCGAUGGACAAACCCACAAAGCCUGUGACAUCUCGACCUCCAACCUCAACGCACUCUCCUGCCAAGACCAGUUCAAACUGUCCUCGCAUACCGAAGCGAGAUCUGGAGAAACGAGCUCUGGAUAAACGAGCUCCGGCUUGCGUCAACGAGAAAUACGUCACGGUCACCACCAAGAUAUCUGACGAAGCUGGACCGAAAGACAAAUUCGUUUGUACUUACGCUGGAGGAAACAAGCCCGGUGGCCAAGCUUGCUUACAUUACAGUUCUGUUAUCGCCGCUCAAGGCCAGGCCUAUGAUACCUUCACCUGCAAAUAUUCUGCCACAAAAGCAACCAAAAGGCCUGGUGUUGCCGAAUAUAACGUCGAUCGUCCGACUGUUCGAACCAUUCAAAAGGUCCCAGUUACUCUUGGUUGGUUCCAAGAUAUCGGAGGCAAUGCGUGUGAACGAGAUGAAUGGCCACCAGCAGCAUUUCUGAUCGCGAACGAUGGCUAUAUCGGCCUUGAAGGCGCCCAAGCACGAACCGGAGUCGACGUUCAGCAGUUCAUCCGCUAUCUGGAUAAGCAAGAAAAUAACUUCGCUGGAAAAGGCUGGGUAGGGAUUUGUGCUAAAUCUCCCCCAGUACGUUUGAUUAACACGAAAGAAGUCAAAGACAAGCCCGAUGCCAAGGGAACCACGACCAUCACUCGCAGCGUCGAAGCGGUAUUCAAGCGUCAAACGUACUCCUACAGCUUCGAAGCCAUGCCCAACCCCAUGCUUCCCGACUGGGGUCUGGCAGACAACCGCUGUCAACCAUCAAAGCCCAACAGAGAUGACCGUGGUUUCGCUCUGCUAGACCGGGAUCCAUGGUUCGGUGGUGGCGUGGUCGCCAACGCUGUCCCUCAGCAGGCCGACUACAAACUCCAAUUUUCGCUGGUGAAGCGUGACGUGCUGGAUGGACUGGAUGCGCUAGGUAUCAACGGCACCAGCGAAGCGUCGUCCUGCGAAGCAUACGACGAGGAAGAGACGCAGCUUUCCAGAGACGAUAUGUUGGAGGCGUUUGGUAUCAAGCAGUGUAAGGAGAAGUCAUGUAAGGAGGAGGCGGAGGCGCUGGGUCUGGAGAGUCUCCGGAUCGCUUAUGCGGAUACGGCGACGCUGCCAGCAGGGAUUCCAGCGAUUGCCACAGCGACAGGGACGGUAGUUGGGAGCGAGACUGCUGCAACUUCUGCUGAUGGGACUAGAGAGACGAAUGGUGCGCUGAGUCGUAGUCAGGCGACGUCUUCGAUGCCGAGGGUGACCCAUCAUCCACGGCACCAAGCCGGUCACCACCAUCAAGGGCAUCGAGAUGGGGUUUGA